UCACGUAUGACGAAUAUCGCUGGAGGGCGGCACCCAUCUCUGCCUCUUAACCUGCAUGCCCAUGGUCGUCUGCCUCCCACCCAAAACGCCCACUGAAUCAACCACAUCCCGAGGAAAACCACCACAAACAAGUACCCGAUGAAAAACACCCACAUAACGAAAUGUAGGAAAGAGUACAUCACAAGCCACAGUAGCAGUAGGAAAGAGUACGUCACAAGCAACAAACAUGACCAAUAUAUGCAGUUGAACGCAUCAGCCACACAGCCACAUGCACGGCCAAGGAGCGACGAUCCCUUGUACUUCCGCAUGGUCCUUUUGUUUUGGGCCGAGAAAGGCAUUUCCAACGGCGUUUUCCCCUGUUGGCAUGCACGAGACGAGUGCGACACUGAGCUUCCGGGGAAUAUUUGCUCACUUGAUUGUUUUUUAUCUCCAAGAGACCUGCGCCGCCCCACUCAAGCCUGACACCCACCCACACCCACAGCAGGAGAGAAAAAUUCUGUAGUUGUGAUGCUCGCAUCUUUCAUCAGUGUCUCUCACAACUUAGCCACAAGUUUGGGGCCGCGUCUGUUGCCGAAGAAGAUAAAGGGCAUACCCAUGAAGAGGACGACUGUCAGCACUGCAGAGCAGAAGCAGAACUUCGUGGCUGGCUGCACACCUUGUUCUGUGAUAUAGUACAUACCACGACUUACAGCACAGUGAAGUGCCGUGUUUCCAUCCUUGGUAUGCCGUUUGCAGGGAGAGAGACACAGACAAUUGAACACAUAGAGUCAUCCUCCAUUGUUGUCUUUACAUCUGUCCCUCACUUUGGCCUGCUGCGUCAGUAGGUGUUUCCCUCCUUUGGCAUACAUCGCCUCCAAGGCAUCACUUCCCCCCAAUUUUGUGCAAGCGAUGAAUGGCGUCGCACCAGGAGCAGGGGCAAGGCCUUGUCUGUCUCUGUCAUUGUUUUUCAUUUCCAGUAGGGGCGCCCCACCCCACGCCAAUCUAUUCGACACAAAAGAGAGUGAGAACGGAAUAUUCACGUCGUUUAUCUGUGUGUCUCACAGCUGAGCCAAAGCUUCGCGAUGAUUCCCCUCUCCAGCCAAAUCGAGCGCCGUGGCGCCAUCCUGCAUGUGAUGGACAAAAGGGAAGAGCACUCAGCAAGGCGAGAAGCGUGUGUGUCUUCAUCUGUGUGUCUCACGCUGUCCUGUUGGGUGAGUAUGUCAUUCCCCCCUUUGGAAUGCAUCGCCCGCAUCGUGUCAACUUGACCGCACCGGGCGGCACCGAUGAAUGGCGUCUCGCCAAACUGCACGCACACACAUACGCAAAAUCGACACAGCGAGGCAUCCGAAAGAUGUUUGCACUGUUACCUUCAUUGUGCGUGCAUCGAGCAGCUUAGGGUCCCACGCCAGCAGCUGACUGACGGCCGCAGUACGGCCAGCGGUGGCGGCAAAAUGCAGGGCAGUCCACUUAUCAUUCUGCAUUUCAUCAUAUUACAGCAACACACGCCUGAUCAUUACCACCAGAGCUUUCACUGUAUUGGCACCAGGUCUGUUUGCUCCAAGAUGGACGGGCCAUAUUUCUCAAACAUCAGGGUCAUGAUCUGCGUAUGGCCUUUCUCCGCCGCCCUCAGGAAGGGAGUCAUUCCGGUCUGCGCAAGGCAAAUGCAAAUCAGAGGUUCCCUCGUUGUUACGGGCCCUUGAUAGCAUUUGACCUUGAAGCAGAAGAAUCGAGCUCUCCUGUCGUCGAGGAUUCUCGGCCCACGGAGGUUGAGCAGCUGAGCAACCGAUGUGAUAUCACCAGCAUUCACUGCCGCGUGGAUGUUUCGCUGCAAAAGAUACGCAACAAUCGUGAGAAGCAGGAGGGAUCAGCCUUGCUCCUUCGAUAUUACGUAUUUGAUCUCUGCCGGCAACGCUUCGUCAUCGAUUGUCAGGACGACAUCGGUCUGCCCAUACAAAGGCGACAAGUACAAGAAGGUGCGUGAGACAUGACUCACGUAGUCGUCCCGUACAUCUUUGAUUUUUUGGCGGAGUGUGCUUGGCCUGGAUUUGUGCCGGAGUGUGCAGUGUGUGCUUGACCCGGGAGCCUGCACACACAACACAGGCAGCAGAAUGUAAUGUCGAUCGUUGGUCCAUCUGUCUACAGACCAGUCCCCGCUUGAGGUGAGGUCGAUGCCAGGGUGCUGGGCGGUCCCGUCGUGGUGGUAGCCAUGCUCAUGUGGGCACCCGAUGAAGGGCCGACGGGAUACUCAGCAGCAGGAGAGACAGAAGGCGAAGGCUUCGACUCCGGGACUGCAUGCAUUUGAAAGGGCAUCAGGCAAUGGCGACUCUGCCGCAUUGUAGGCGCAGCGGAAUCAAUGCACCUGUCUCUUUCGACGGACCAGACGGAACGUCCAGCUUGGCCAGCACCUGCCGACCAGAGACAGGACGUCAGACGUUUGGCAUCGCUUGUGGUUUCUCCCUGUCGUGUGUGCAUCGGGUACCUCUUUGGCUGUGGGGCGAUCGGCCGGACAAAAGGCAAAACAACUCUGAUCAACAAUCACGAUGAGAAGGGACGUGCAGUGCCCAUAAGGAUUCUCUUCAUCUUGGUUUGCCUCGAUGGGAUUCUUGAUUCGCGCGGGCAGAGAUGCUGGGAUUUCCGGAAUCUGACAGGGAGAAGGAGACAUAGAUUUGUGUACGAUGCCUUAUAAGUCUGAUAGCGGUACCUCUUUAUUGACGACCACUUUCGUAAAUAUAAUCGGCAAGCCUUUCCCCUCAAAAGGCGGCCGACCUGUAGGAUACGUUCGCCAUCUUGUCUUGUGUCUCACUUGGUUUUCGUGUCUCCUGACCUCCAUGCAGCUGAACCGCAAUUCCUCCAAUCGCCCAUAUAUCCGCCUUCUCAGACAGCUUGUCCACUGCAUAUGCACACACACGAUGGAGCGAUCUGCUGUGCAUUUGCGGACUUACGGUCCGUGUCAAACCCCUCGGAAGGCAUGUAGUUGGGCGUCCCACCGGCUGCACACCACACGAACUGCGCUACGCAUUUGUUUGUCGGCGUGAAUACUUGCGGUGAGAAUCGUCUUUCUCUGAGCCCCGCGAAUCAUUCCGAAAUCCGAAAUCUUAAUGGUCAGGUUCCUAUCCAGCUGACAAGCAUUCGGAACAACGAGAGACUUGGGAUACCAUGAAAGAAGAGGAAUUCUGCCGUAACCGACCAGUAGGUUUUCUGGCUUCAGGUCUCUGUGCACGACGUUCCGACUAUGGAGAUACUGCACACCCUCGCAUAUCUGACAGCAGCCGCCACAUACAAACGAGACGCGUCACGGAUCUCCUCUUCUCAUGUGUCUCCGGCACCUCUCUCAGGAGCCUGUCUCGCACGUCCGGCGGCGGGGGUCCAUUCUUCGCCAGGUAGGACGCCAGCGAGCCGCCCUCACACAACUCUGACGAACAAGCGGCACAUGGAGAAAGCUAGGAGGACGAUAAAAAAUGGGCUGGGUACCCGCCACAAUCAUGAGGCCAUGCUUGUCGUCUCUGCAGACGCCCUUCAGCUGCACGAUGUUGGGGUGACGGAGCUGCGUCAUCGGCAAGGCCUCUUUGAGCACCUCCAUGAACUGCUCGGACUCCCGGAGCUCUUCAUUGCCUUUGUAGACCUUGACCGCCACGGGCUGCCCUCGCAGCUCUCCCCUGUAGACCUUCCCGAACGCUCCCUCGCCUGGGUGGCAAGCAGACGCACCAUGAUGAUUCCCCAGAUAUCCCUUGUGGGGUUCAUGGGGCUGACCGAGCUCGGUGUCGCUCACAGUGAGGUCCUUGGGGUCAAUCACCAAGUCAGCCAGUGACACCAAGUCAGUCAU